GCUAUCAGCGGUUCAAAGUCUGUGGGUCGCGCUGUUUUUCCUUGUGUCCGUUGCGUCCGCGUCACCGCAGCAGGGAGGGAAAAACCAACAACAACAAAACACGACGAAGACGACGAGGAAGAGAGGAGACGCUCUGGAGAUGACUGCUUUCGAAGAUGAAGGCGUGUCGCCAAUGGAAUGUAUAGGCUUUUCCCUGACGGUUCCGGUUUAUUUUCGUCGUGAUAGUGUCAGCCAAGCGACUGCGUUGCGUCAUUGAAACCCUCGCGUCUGCUUGUCGCAGCCCCCCUUCUCUCCAGAAACUUCACUUUCUCCCCCUUUUUAAAGACUAAGCCAUAGCAGCUAGUGCGCUGAACUGUAUCGGGUAUAAAGGGUUUAACCACAAAGUCCGCCUUUCAGGGAACUAGUUUGUUCGCUGCUUUUUCCCCACCAUCUUUCGUUUUCGCGGUGGCGGGUGUUGCUAAGCUAACGGGCUGUUUAGCGUCCGCCUCGCGGCUCGGCACGCGACGAGGCUCUCGUCACGAGCUAAUCCGUUCGAAACUCAGGAGAAAUGUGGGCUAACUGAGGCGCAUAAUUCAUCUUAACUGGUGAAAUAUUCACUGCGAGCAGCGCUGUUGUUUGUUCGCACGGAAAGUCUUUUGCAUAACAGAAGCCAUAGCUGAGUUUAGCCGCCUUGCAGGCUUGCUUGUUUUGCGAAUUGCUCAGCUAACCCCUAGCCUAGGACAUGGGGGAUUGAGAAGGAAUAUGUCGGGCGUUGCAAUGGAAUAUUGGAAGUAAAACGAGUGUAAUUUUAUUACGGUGAGCGAUACGUUGCGAGGACGGCAAUAAAUCCUGCUUUUUGCCACAGCUUCAGAUCCGGUAGGUGGAAGCCCCCCCCCCGCCUCUGGUCCCUCAGACGAGAGAUUUAUUAAUAUCGGUGUAAAAAACAGAAAAAUUGGCCGUGUCUCUGCGCCGGGGGGCGUUAGGCUGGUAAUUAAAAUAAGUAUUUAGGGAAAUAUACUAGCAGUUUUGACAUCACACAGAGACCUCGUUUAUUACAAGUCUCAAUUUUGUCAGGCAACUUCACCUCAGAGCUGACAACGGACACGGAAUCAGAAAAAUUUUCGGCAGUACACUUUGGACAUGGCCUAGUUCUGCUACCACCAGGUACAAGAAAUGGAUCAAGGAAGAUUGAAACGCAGCAAUAACCGAAGUGACAGUUUGACUUUGGAAUACAGCGAGAAAGCAUCAGACGGCUCUUUCCAGUGCGGGGUUAGCACUGUUAUGUCCGUCACCUCCCCCUCAGUGGUUCCUCAGCUCAGUCCAAGAAGGCAGCCUGGCUCUAGGGACAGUUCUAAUGGGCUGGCUAUUGGUGCCCCUCAGGAGGAGCUCGCUGCAGUUAUGUCAGCCUCUGUGGAGGAGCCCAAUUGUAAGGUGACAGGAAAUGACCAAAAGACACAGCAGGAGCAGUCUCCAGCUGCAUUCAGUUUGGGAGAGAAUUUUUCUCGCUUGGAGGCAAGCAUUGCAGACCUGAACCGCACUUCUAUGGACUCCCUUAUUGGUGGAGCGGAUCCUGACCUUUUCAGUUUGAAAACGGAGGAUUUCUCAUCCGUAGACCGUGAGGACAUUGAUUUAGAGCAGGAAUCCUUUGGACAAGUUGGAAAAGACCCCUUGAAGAACUUUGGGUUCUCGUCUGUCAACCCCCUUGACAUUUUGCAAGAUUUUGAAUUGACUGGCUCGCCAUCGGAGCUGAAUGAUUUCUACGUAGAGGACGAGGCUGCGUUCCUUUCGUCUCUAGCCGUGGAUGACUCCCUUCUCGGGGACCUCAGCACAGUGAAGGAAACAAAGCCCAUUGUCUGUGGCAAUGGUAACAGUAACAACUGCACAAGUGUAAACAACACGGAUCAGCCAAUGCUGGACUCCAGCACCCCUUCGUCCGUGGUAAAGAUGGAAAAAGAUGAAUAUAUCCAGCUGUGCACACCUGGGGUAGUCAAGCAGGAAGCUGAGGCCAGGAGUUUCUGCCAUAUAAAUAGCUCUCCCAUUUCAGUCUGUGGUGUGAGCACUUCAGGUGGACAGAGUUACCACUUUGGAGUUAAUGCCUCAACUGCAGCCACAGCACCACAGCAAGAUCAGAAGCCAGUGGUAAUGUAUCGAGCAUUACCUUCCACUGGGGAGACCUGGAGCACAGGCCAGAGGUUUGGGGACACUGCUGCCGUACAGAGAGGAAAAGAAACAUUUACCAGUUCCUCAGCUUUUCCUGCUGACUUCAUAAGCCCAGCAUCCCGGACAGAAGUCAGUCCUUCUACCACCCCUACCUCCGUCGCUGGGAAGGCCAGUGGCCCGGCCCACAAGAUCUGCCUGGUGUGCUCUGAUGAGGCCUCUGGCUGCCACUACGGUGUGCUCACCUGCGGCAGCUGCAAGGUCUUCUUCAAGAGGGCUGUAGAAGGAUGGAGGGCUCGACAAAACACUGAUGGACAACAUAAUUACCUGUGUGCGGGGCGAAAUGACUGCAUCAUUGACAAGAUCCGCAGGAAGAACUGCCCUGCCUGCCGGUUCCGCAAGUGUCUCCAGGCAGGCAUGAAUCUGGAUGCAAGGAAAACGAAGAAGCUGAACAGGUUAAAGGGGGUGCAGCAGGCCAUAGCACCAGAGCCAGCCACCGCACCUCCGCAGGAGGCACAACCCUUACUGCCCAAGUCCAUGCCCCAGCUCAGCCCCACCAUGCUGUCGUUACUGAAAGCCAUCGAACCCGAGACGAUCUAUGCUGGCUAUGAUAGCGCCAUACCAGACACCUCUACACGUCUCAUGACUACUCUCAACAGGCUGGGUGGGCGACAGGUGGUCUCUGCUGUGAAAUGGGCCAAGGCCCUGCCUGGAUUCCGGAAUCUGCAUCUGGAUGAUCAGAUGACCCUGCUGCAGUACUCCUGGCUCUUCCUCAUGUCUUUUAGUCUGGGCUGGAGGUCUUACCAGCAGUCCAAUGGAAGUAUGCUCUGCUUUGCUCCAGAUCUGGUUUUUAAUGAGGAGAGGAUGAAGCUGCCCUAUAUGAACGAUCAGUGCGAACAGAUGCUGAAGAUCUCAAACGAGUUUGUGAGGCUUCAGGUGUCCCAUGAAGAGUACCUCUGCAUGAAGGUCCUGUUGCUGCUCAGCACAGUACCCAAGGAUGGACUGAGGAGUCAGGCUGUGUUUGAUGAGAUCCGCAUGUCCUACAUUAAGGAACUGGGUAAAGCUAUCGUCAAGCGUGAGGAGAACUCCAGCCAGAACUGGCAGAGGUUCUACCAGCUGACCAAGCUGCUGGACUCUAUGCAUGAGCUGGUUGGGGGGCUACUGAACUUCUGCUUCUACACAUUUGUGAACAAGUCUCUCAGUGUGGAGUUCCCAGAGAUGCUGGCAGAAAUCAUCAGCAACCAGUUACCGAAAUUUAAAGCCGGAAGUGUAAAGCCACUGCUCUUUCAUCAGAAAUGACUGCCUUAAAAAGUACGAAGCAAUGCCUUAAGUUCUAUCAGCUCCGCCUCACAUUUCCCAGAGAAAUUCCUUCCCCCCCCCGAAAAAAUGGAGGAUUGUUGGGUGACUGCAUCGUGCUUACUACCAAAAGGAUAUGAGGAAAUGGGAAAUGGAACAGGGUUGCACCAGGUUGUGGUAGAGGUGUGUGUGUGUGUGUGUGUGUGUGUGUGGGGAUGGAAAUGCAGAAGACUUUUUCAGUUAAGCUUACAUGCAGCCUCAAUAUUAAAGGAAUGGUAUUCAUGAUACUCAUAGUAUUGAAAUAAACUACCAUUUUAUGUGUUUGACAUGAUCUGUGCAAAAAAAGAUUUGAUGAGAGAUAUCCAGAUUUAGAUACUGAUGUUUCUAGGAAGCAACAUUUAACUAAAUUUCAGCUGAUGACAGUUGUAGCUGAACCCAAAGAUUUGUGCUGUCAAACAAGCACAUCUCAGUGGGAUAGUAUUUUUUUUUUAUCAAGGAAUUUCCAUUUAGCAGGUGCGUUAUGGAUUGUUAUACAUGAGGAAAAAUACUUAAGGUUUAUACCACAGGUUUUUUUUGUUUCAAUAAUAUGUGCGUCAUGAGUGCAUUAUUCACCUAAAUUGGCCAGAAGUAUUUUCUGAAAUGCAAACUGUUUUACUUUUUUAAAGAGAAUUUUGUAUCCUAAGGACAUUGAUUUAAUGCAUGCAAAAGGUUUACAGAGUAUAUCAGAAAAGGGAAAAUGUGCCUUUUUUUAGCUUUACUGUCUGAUUUUAGCCAUUUUCUGUAACGUUUCAAGGCAAGAUCUUUGCAUACACAGUGGUUAACCCUCUUUUUUUUUUUUUUUUUCCCCCCUCCCCCCCUCUUCAAUGUAUUACUUGCUGUGGCAAAUUUUUCUUUUUUUUUUUUUGAAUAGCCAUGUUUGUUUUCUCAACUUGGGCAGCUCAGUGAUCCUUGGAAGUGUGAACUACAAUAAGUGAUCCUUAUUAAUAAGGUAUGAACAUUAAGAACCUAUUUGUUUCAUGUCAGUUUUAAUGUAUAUUUCUCAGUUUAAAUGCAAAUCUCUGCACUUUCGGUAUCUUAACAAAUGCUUUAAAUGUCAGACUUACAGGAGAGGCCGGAUUUGCUGUAGUCAACGUUUAUAUUUGAUGAGUUAAGCUUUUGCCAUCUCUUAUAAUAUGCUCUAGAUAGAGGUGAUUUGUAUAUAAGUGAAUAAACAAAUUUCAUUUCCUAAAUUUAUCGAAAGGCCAUUUUUUCCCGCCAAGUUCAUGAGCAAAAGAUGGCAUAUUAAUUCAUAAGCUACCAUCACAUAUAAUGUCGUCAUCACUUCCUGGCUCAGGUGCAAUGCAGGCAAAGUGUUAAGAUUCAGCAAGUCUCGGCCAAAACCGGUUUUACACACACACUUUGCCCAGACCCCUUUUGGGAAAAGAAAGGGGUGUGUGCUGCAGGCGUUCCUCCACUGGGUGCGUGUCAAACAUACAUACCCAUUCUGCAUGAUAAAGUGUGUUCUGUGGUGGAUGACGCCCUUUGCUGAGAGAGCUUCGCCACCUGCCUUGUCUUUGUUCACUCAAGUGGUAGUUUGGCAGAUGGAGGGGGAACACAAGACGUAUUCAUACAAAACUGACUUUUUUGUUUGGCCCACAGUACAUAUGUACACGUCCUUCUCUAUGUCUCCAGUGCCAAAUGUUUUUUAAAUUGUAUUUUUUACAGUUUUAAAUAGUGCUUAACAGAUGUUAAUGUUUAUAUUAAAAGGAAAUGAAGCUAUUUUUCCCUUCCCUAUAAAAGCAUAUUUCCUUUAAAGAUAUGAACAGUGAAAUACCAGUGGUCAUCCUGUGCUUGUCUGCUUCACUUAGGAUUGUUUGUCCAAGGAGCUGAUCAAAGACAGGGCUUGGGUCUCACCAGCUAAAAUGAAACUUUUUUUUUUUUUUUUUUUUUUAUAAAUAAUACACAAAUGUUUAGCAAGCCCCUUUUGUAAACCUAUCAAAGAUAUAUUGAAAAUGAUGGAAAGUACUGAGGUAUUUUUAUAAUAGCUUUCUUUCCCCCCCCCCCCCCCCCCCCCUUUGGUCACCAGCAAAUUUUCUGUUCAGUCUUAUUAUGGCUUGUCAUCAGUUUUUGCACACUGGUCUUAAAGUUCCUAUCAGGUUUGAGUGUGUGUCAGCAGAACACAGCACAACUUCAGGCAUAGAAUUGGUUGAAUGAUUGAAUGUGAGCUCAAUAAAGUAUUUUUUAGACAUGAAAUGAAUGUGACAUUACAAAAGAUAGAUUUGCACUGAAAUAGACACAGAAAAUUAGAUUUUAACAUAGCUUAAAGCAAAUUAGACAUCAAGUAUUGUAAUGCAUUUUCUGAUGUUUUUUAACAGUAUUGAAAUGCAAUAUUCAAAUUUUUCUUAAUUUCUAGAAAAAGUUUCAUUGACUGGUUUGUUCAGCUAUUGGUGCUGAUGAAGAUGCUCUCUUUUGUCAUGUCACAGAAAUGCAGCAUUACCCAUUUUGAAAUACUGGCCACUGGUUAUUACAAAAUGUUACACUAAAAAUGCUGUUGCCUCAGUACAAAUAUUGUUCAUUUAAUUCUGAGUAAAGUUUCCUAGAUUUUUUUUUUUUUUGUAUGUAGGUAUACCAAAAAUAAGGGGUGGAAUCAGUGCUUGUUGCCUGUGGCAUUGAAACAAACUGUUGGAUUGGAAAUCCAGGAAUAAAAUGAUGUGCUGAGUGAGGUGUAAUAGACAGAUGAGUUCAUGAGCUAAAAGCUUUGCUGAAUGGUCCUUAUCUGAACAGACACCUCAGCACCCAAUCAAUAUGAGGCAAAAAAAAAAAAAAAAAAAGUAUACUUAUAUAAUGUGUGUAAUAUAUAUAAAAGGUAAAAGUUGUGUAGAGCCAUGUUCAUACAAUGCUUUUGUUUGUGCUCCAUGUCCUUCACUAGAUUUUUCUUUUAUGCAUUUGGGUUACUUUCACAUACAGUGUCAGGAGCUGAAAGUUCCUCCCAGAGUGACAGAUGGCAGGUGAGAUGCUCUAUCUAAAGAAAGAUUUAAGGAAAAAAAAAAAAAAGAAAAAAAAUUUACCCCUUAGAUAGAACCUUUAAUAAGUAGAAGUAUUCAGAGUAUUGUAAAAUAAUUUUGAUAAAAGUAUUUUUAUACAAAUUUUCUCAAAGGUUCAGAAAAAAAUGGAGACAGCCUUAAAAUGCAUUAACAUUCAGGAAAAAAUAUAAAUUGUAAAUGCUUCUUAAGUGCAUCAUUGCCUGGAUGCACUGUUUCCCAUUGUAUUGUUAAUUAUUUAAAAAUAUAUUGCUUUUAUAGUUUACAGCAUAUAUAAUCUAUUAAUAUGAAGUGAAAGUUUAUAUGUAUGGAAGAACUUUGUGCAAAUAUGAGUGGAAGGCUGGUUAUUGUGGCAAUUUGUAAAUACAUGCAAAUUCUCUUUGUAGAAACAUUUAAUGUGUGCCAUGUUUUCAAUAAAUCAAAACAUUUUAAAAAACUGGAGUGUUUAUAUAUUAGUGACCAAAGCAGAAAGUAAGGAUACCCAUGCAGCUAUAGGAUGUGCAGCCACAACUUGGUAUUUAUCAAGUAAACACAUUAGAUUUCUCAGAAAUGCCUUUUGUAAUGGUUUAGGGCUUUGGUGAUGUUACUGUGAAGAUCAGAACUGUGUGUGAAAGUAAUCUAUGAGCUGGAGUGAGUCUGAGAAUUUGCACUACCCUGAAACUGGUGGAGAAAGCCUAUUUUCUAUAAGACACAUGCAAAUAUCUUUAAAAAGUUUAAGGGCAGAUCAUAUGUCACUGGUAUAUGGCUUUUGCUAAAGUCUGUUUUGCUUGUAUUUCAAAUAUGUAAAUGUAAUCCAAUGUAAAGAGUAUACAGUGUAUUUGUUUAAAAAAUAGUUUUCUAUUCCUUCUGUAUUAUACUUCUGUAGUAAAUGUUGAUCUUUUCACCUAUUUGAUUAAAUGUUGGACUGUCCUUUUUCGUGUGGUACUUCUGGAGACAUUACAGGUGUACUCAGCUAGGUAUGAUGUUAACACCAUGGUUUAAAAAGUUAGUUUAUUGUAAGUCACUUAAUGCAGUCCAGAUGAGCAAUCGUAAUAAAAGCGCUUUUACAUUC